AUGGAUAAUUCGUCUCUUUCGCAUUUGUUGUUUGAUCUUGUCCCUCGUACACUGCACGCAUUACGCGCUCUGCAUGACAAGACUAAACAACGGCUGCGACAGAGACUCUCAUGGUUACCGUGCGUUUCGACAACUUACUUGGGAAAUGAAAAGAAACCGAAAGUUCCGGCAGCUUUCUGUCACGCCCGCCAGAAACGAGAUCUUGUAAUAGAUCCAGAAUGGGCCCGCUCGGCCAGAGAACUUAAGUCGACAGGUUCCCUCACUGGCAAACCAAAUGAACAUUUCGAAGCAAAACCGAAGACUAAGCCGAAGACUAAGCCGGAGCCCGAGUGGAAGACGGCUUCUUUACGAAAAAAGGAGGCCGAUAAACCCACCAAGACGCAGUCGGAGUAUUGGGAGGAGGCGCGGCCGGACUGGGCGAAAGGAAAGAACCCUGUCGAUAAACCCAAGAUCCCUGAAAAACCCAAACUCAAAGCGAAAGAUUACUGGAAAGAAGCAAGACCCGAAUGGAGCAAAGGAAAAAGCUCCGUCGCCAAACCUACUGCAGGAGAUAUUAAAAAGAUAGAGGAGAAGAAGAAGUACGAGUAUCCAAAACCUGACUGGGCAACUCGAGGGAGGAACAAAGAUAAGAUGCAGGCGUCAGACGAACAAGAUGGCAACAAAGGUCUUCUUAAAGCCGAGUUGGAAAACAUAUUUGGAAAACCCAAACCGAAAGAGGCGGGUAGUCAUCGAGUAGUGAAAAGACGCCAUUCCUCCGAGGGCAUCGAGGAAAGUUAUCGAGCAAGCAUACGAAAAUUUGCAGACCAUCGUCGCAGUCUGAUAGUGAAAACAAAACAUCGACCAACGUCCAAUCCUGUUAAGCAGCUGUUGUCACGCGAGGAUGUAAGAAGUGAGCUGUAAGGUGUGGAUUGGAGUCUAAGAAUGUCAGCAUCUACGUUCCGUUUGCCUAAAUUAGCGUGCAGACACGCGGUGAGAAUUCAUUCUCAUCAAGUACCAAGUGGCUUAAAAGGGUGAAUGAAUCGGUCGGCUUCAUCUGGUAAAUUGCUCUUUUCCUUCCUCUUUCAAGGUUACAUUUCAGGAAGUAUAAGUAUAGUUUACGUUUUAAAAAUAUUUUGGCAUCAAAAAGGGAAGUCUAGAGCAAGUGACCUGGAUUUUAUAAAUCUCGUAAAUUGCCAACAUUGUUCAUAAAUUUAAUAACGA